AUGGUGGGCAGUGUGUGGGCAUCGCUGGGCCUCUCCCUCGCCUGCAUCUCAGCCCUCAGCCUCAUGUCUCCGGUCUGGUUCCAGACCCCCACCUUCUCCUUUGGCGUCCUCACCUACUGCUCCUGGCCUCGGGGUAACAGCUGCAACCAGAGCUGUGCAACCUUCCAGUCCCUGGACGACAUCCCUGACGUUGCCUGGAAGGUCUCAGCUGCAGUUCUCCUUGGAGGGUGGCUCUUGUUGGCCUUCAACGCUGUUCUCCACCUGUCUCGGGCCCUGGCCCCCAAAGGGCUGUGUCUCAGAAGGGGCAGUGGCCCAAUGCCAGCGGUGCAGGCAGCCGCAGCCACUGCCACCGUUGUGGGCCUGCUCGUUUUCCCCAUCAGCCUGGCCUCUCCAUUUGCCAAGGAAGCCUGUGGAGCCUCCUCUGUGUACUACAGUGGCCAGUGUCAGCUGGGCUGGGGCUAUGUGACUGCCAUCCUCAGCGCAGUCCUGGCUAGCCUCCUGCCUAUGAUUGGGUGGCCCCGCAUGACCCAGGUCCAGGAAAGGACCAUCCUCUUCUCCAGUGACACUGAGAAAAUCAUCCUCAUGCCAGAAAUGAACAAAUAA